AUGGAGAGCAACCCCAUCACCUCGGUCGACGAGCCAGUGCAGUCCACGUCGCUUGCAGACUCGCUCGCCAGCGGACCGCCCGCGCUUGCCCCUGUCGUCCCCGCCAUCCCCUCGACAUCGUCCAACCCUCCCGGCACGAAGCCCGUGCGGCCUCCCAAGGCGGCUCAGCGGCCGUCGACCGCCUCGCGACGCAGCUCGAUGGCUGCUGGAGGAACCGCUGAGAAGGACACCGACGCGAGCGAGGGGACAACGCUGGCUGGCGGAUCGGAUAUGGCAUCGGUCGAGAAGGUGGACGACGCAGCGGCGCAGGCGUCGCUGGGUGGUGCUGAUGCGGCUGCGACUACUUCCCCGACGACUGCGUCGACCGGAGAAGCGUCAAAAGCUGCCGCGCCGCCGACUGACACGACUGUCAACACGCGGGGUCCGUCUACCGGUGCGGCAACCGGCACGAGCCAGGCUGCAGCUGCGACCGGCGCAACCACUACCACGACUACCGCACAAUCUACUUCGUCCCCUCGCGCAAACACCUCGUCCACCACCGCCCCGCCUCCUGCUCCCGCCCCCUCUGCCUCGCGCACCGCGCCUAACACCGUCAAGAAGAAGCGAAAGGGCCCGUUCUCGUUCCUCCUGGCUUGCAUCCCUUGCGUCGGCUCGACAGGUCACGAAGACGAGUCGACAGGUCUGCCGAAGCGACCGUCUACCGCCGCCCGGAUCGUCGAGAAGGAGCAGGAGAAGCGCAACACGGCUUCGGCGAACGCUUCCGGCUCCGGCUCGGACGAGAAGGACGCGGUGACGAUGGACCCGAAGGAGGCCGAGCAGGAGGCGAACGAAAAGGCGGCCCUCUCGCCCGUCCAGCCCGAAACCGCCCUCACGCCCACCCAGACCGAACCCCUCACGACCGCCGCAACUCCCGCCGACACUCCCGUCGCUACUCCUCCUCCUACGUCUUCCCCUUCUCAGCGCGGUGUCGUACUCUCGCAGGAAGAGACUGAAGGCGUCACUUCUGGCGCCGUCGUCCCUCCCGGCCAGGCUGCCCCUCAUCCGCCUACUCCUACGUCGCGCUCGAAGCGACGGAAGGGCGGCAAGCGAGGCGGCGCAGCGACUGACGGUAUCAUCACGUCCGUUCCCGAGCCUGGCAUGGUCGCCGGCGGGAUCGUCGUUGCCGGCGCGGAGGAGACGUCGAGCGAAGACGUCUCGGAUGAGGAUGAGGAGGACGUAUCCGACGAUGAGGAAGAGGAGGACGAGGAGGCUGGCUUGAUCGCGCGAGGAGGAGUGGGCAUCCCGAUCGGCGAGGAUGGCCUGCCGCAUCCGUUGUUGGAGGAGCUCGCGGCCGACAUGCACGGCAGAAAGUGCCUUGUGCUCGAUCUCGACGAGACGCUCGUCCACUCGAGCUUCAAGAUGGUCCACCAAGCCGACUAUGUCGUCCCCGUCGAGAUCGAGAACCAGUUCCACAACGUCUACGUGAUCAAGCGGCCGGGCGUCGAUGCCUUCCUGCAAGCGAUGGGCGACAUCUACGAGAUCGUCGUCUUCACCGCGUCGCUGUCCAAGUACGCCGACCCCGUCCUCGACCAGCUCGACGUCCACCGAGUCGUCAAACACCGCCUCUUCCGCGAGAGCUGCUACAACAACAAGGGCAACUAUGUCAAGGACUUGUCGCAACUUGGUCGACCGAUUGGCGACUGCAUCAUCAUCGACAACUCGCCGGCCAGCUACGUCUUCCACCCGAACAACGCCGUCCCGAUCAGUAGCUGGUUCAACGACCCCCACGACACGGAGCUUACCGACCUCAUCCCCUUCUUGUCCGACCUGAGCGCCGUCGAGGAUAUUCGAAGCGUGCUCGAUGCGAACCUGUACCCGCCGCAGUCAGCGGAAGCGACCACCGGCACCGACAGCCAGUUCCAGCAGCUCUAG